UGAUUGAGGUUGACAAUGAACUCUGAGAAGGAAUAAUUAUUCGGCCAACAAGUAGCCCAGACUCUCAGUGACUACAAUGACAUGUCUUUAUUGGAUCCGGUGAGGCUGUGCAGCAGAAGUUUAAAUCUUGGCAAGGAUUUCUGUGGUUUGCUCUAAUCCUUUUAAGGAAGUCUUGACAGAAGAAUUGACAAAGCAAGUACUUCUAUGUUAAAAGUUCUUGAAGGUGCAAGUUAACCAUUUCUGGCAGCAGUUGUGGAAACACUUGCAUGAGCUUUGGAGGAAGGAAAGAGAAAAUCGGUUUGUGAAGUUGUGUGAUGUUUCAGCCUGUCACGCUGCCAGUAAGUCAGCGUCACAGAGGGGCGUCCGGUGUUGACAAGUUUGACUCAUACAGCCAUUGCUGCAUUGCAACACCAUAGGUUUUUCAGAAGUGCCUGUGUCGUGUUGUGGAGAGCAGGGGAAACAUAACCCAAGUGCGAUUCCUUUUGCCGAGGAUAGGGUAAAAGCUGCUAUUCUCAUCAUCAAUUUGCUCCUGCAAAAAUAUUCAAGUGCUGGUGUUCAUCCAUGAGUAUUGUCUUUAUACGGAGGGUCAAUGAGAAUUCUUAAAGAAAGUUCUUUGCGGCAAAGGCUUGUGCUAGUCUCUGUAAUGUAAAUGCACCGUGACCAUCUACUUGUGAUGGUUAAUCGGGUGUACUUGGAUACAUUUUUUUUAAAGAUCUGCACAGAUGCUACAAGGAUUACUGCAGUCAGGAAUUUGACAUUGACUCUCGGAUUACAUACCUCUGAUUCCAGUGCUGUUGCGAAUUGGUGACAGUGUACGAUUUUUGUCCGAAACCUCCUCUAAAGAAAUAUUCAGAAAGUGUUGAAGUACUUGGUGUGGAACCAACCUUCCUUCUGCUUGGGGAAACUCAUUGUGCAGUUUGUGAGAAAACUUUGUAUUGGUCAACGAUCCGUACUUGGAUUGGAAUUUACAGCGAAAUUGACCUCAUCUAUGUGUACACAUAUUGAAACCUAUAUUAUAUUGAGACGUGUAUUUGCAAUUGGUCAGCUUUUCUUUGGAUGGUUUGGAGUUCGUCUGAAAAGAAAGCUCCAUGUUUGUGUUGACCUUUGUGUGUAAUCACAUUAGGAAUCUGCUGUGACUUGUAAUUGGUUACAAGCAGACAAUUUUGUAUUUAUCUUUUGGAGUUAUUUGAGUGGAAGGGUACUCCUGACUGGUCGAGAAUUAUUAUUUCCAAGGAUUUUUCUACAAACAUUUACUUUGAUAUAUAUAAGUACAGCAUCAAGCUAUAACAUCCCAUCAGUGGUCGUUGGUAGAAGCUACCUCUAAUUGAUGUCAUCAGUUAUGGGAGAUUCACGCGCCACCAGCAUGAUCGGGAGACGGUCGUCCUCAUCUUCCGCCAGAGAGUUGGUCUCCAGCAUGAAGCAGAAUGACCUCUGGAGCACUCAGUCUGAGAUGAUUUAUUAUAUCGGCACGCUUGAUGUCCCUCGACCCAGCAGUCGAAUUGAAAUUGUUACCGCCAUGCGGAGAAUAAGGUAUGAAUUCAAAGCCAAGGCAAUCAGAAAGAAGAAAGUUAUCCUGACCAUCUCAGUGGACGGAAUCAAAGUCACUCUCCGCAAGAAGAAGAAAAAGAAGAAGUCAUGGGAUUGGGAAGAUGAGAAACUGAUGAUUAUGCAGCAUCCUGUUUACAGGGUUUUCUACGUCUCGCAUGACUCCCAAGACUUAAAGAUCUUCAGCUACAUUGCACGAGAUGGACAAACCAAUAUAUUCAAGUGCAAUGUCUUCAAAUCACAUAAGAAGAGUCAGGCAAUGCGUAUUGUACGCAGCAUCGGACAAGCCUUUGAGGUAUGUCACAAGCUGAGUAUACAGCACGCAUCCACAACGGGUGACGGACAGGCUGACGGAGAGAGUGACAAACAGGGUGAGGAGCAAACCAGCCCCAGUCAUGAUCGAGCUGUCGACGGUGGUAACGAGGCCUCGUCUCGACCAGUCUCGAGAGACAUCACUAAGGAGAACAUGAAAGUGGAGGAGAUCGAGAAGAAGGUGCCCGAACGCUCGGCCAGCGCCCAACCGGCGGAGAUAAACAAACAUUCCUUCUUUGCUCAUCAAAGAUACUCGGCCUUUGUCCCGCCAGUAAGCAUGGGCUAUGAUGAAGCUGGGAUGACCCAUAUGGCGUCGCUGUCGCUGUACCACCAACGGCAACUUCUGCAGCAGCAACUGCAGCAGCAGGAAGCCCAGACGCAGGUCGCCCUGGCUCAAGUUCAACUCCUCAAAGAUCAACUGUCAGCAGAGACGUCAGCGAGAAUGGAAUCACAGGCACGUAUCCACCAGCUCAUGGUCCACAAUCGUGAGCUUCUGAUGCAUCAGCAGGAGUUGGUCCUUCACAUCCAGGAGCUGGAGAUGAAAUUCACCGGUGCCACGCACAGCCCUGGUAACCCAUUUAGCAACAACGCCUCAGUGAUGUCACCUCCCGUUGAGACGGUCACACCCAGGUCUGGCGGGGUCUUACUGCCGGAGUUCGCCUCACUCGCUGACAGUCUUCCCUUCGAUCUGGUAGACCAACAAGUCGAAGAGCCCGAAACAGAGGACCUCUUUGAUAACUACGAGGCUAUUAAGAAGCAUCGGGAGGAGACAACAAGGUUGAAUCUAGCAGAGAGGCAGGCUAGAGAUCGAAGUAGCAGCAGCACCACGGACAGUAACAAUGACCUCUUCAGUCAUGGUCCGACCCUUCCAGAUGGUCACAACGUCGACGACUACGAUGAUAGUUACAUAAAUGAAAGCCAGGAAGAGCUGGUCACAACGAGCUUGAAGAAGCUAAACAUUCUCUCAGAUCCUCUCGAUGGGGAUGUAUUCGGGACUGAAGAGAACAUGUUUGACACGCCGACGAUUGAGCGGCCGAAGAAGUACAGCAAGGAGCGUGCCUCCACGCCAAAUGGAGGAGUUCGCGUUAUCGUACCGGUGCCUUUGCAGGACUCGACGGGGAACAAACUGGAACUUAACGUCUCCCCGAUACCAGAGGCUUCUUCCAGUAUUGCUCAGCAGCAGCAGCGUCGGCAGAAAAACAGCACCAGUAGCUCAAAGCACGCGAACAAGCUCGACAUCUCAACUAACAACAACAACAGCAGCUGGCUUACAGACUCAUCUGGAACACUCACGGAGCAGUCACCAGUCGACUUGAGUCACACUUCACGCGGCCAAAGCGCCUCGGACUCGAGACUCACCAAGAGCACUAUUCAAUAUCCAAGACCUGUCUUACACUCAACAUCCCUCAACAGCCAAAGUCCUGGCGUACAAUCCGACGGAAGCAUGAGUCCCUUCGGGAAUGAGUUAUCGAUACCCGAAACCAAACUCCACAUCAGUUUCUCGGAUGAUGAGAACACUGAGAACUCGGAGGACUCUGGGGUUCCGCGGCCUCCCCGAGCCUUAGAGUCGAUGAACUUUGAUGAGUUGGAAGUCUUGGAGACAUAGAGAAUGUAGCGACGGAUGAGACGAGAGGAAAAUUAACACUGGCCAAAUUGUAAAUAUAAUAGAAAAAUGCUGAGGGAAUGUUAAACAUUUACAGCUUUUUGUAUAUAUCCGAGCAUUUUGUGCAUGUACAUGGUGUAGAUGAUUAACUAACCAUGUACACUAAAUAUUUUUUUCCAGUUUACGAACUGAGAAGCUGCUUAUUUUUCCCAGAAAAGUUGCAUCAAGUGUGAAACAAAACAGGUGAUAAUUCCCCAGGAAUCUCCUGGGGUGUUAUUUUUUAGGGGAAUUGGUCUGAUAGUGUGAACAGACAAGAAAGGUAUGUACAUUCAGUUUGAUCUCAUGAUAUGAUAAGAUUUGCCAAAGCAGCUAUUUGUUUGUUAUCUCUGUGUUAAAGCUACUAGCUCAGAGAUCAUGAUAACUGUGUAAAGUUCUUAAAGAUGUAAAAAGGAUGUAGUAGUAGUAAACAAAACAUGUUAAAUUCUGUACCAGCGUGUGUGUGUUCAAAGUUAUCAGAAAUUAAAAUUAUGCUGCCGACUUUGUACAAAAUAAGAGCAAAUUCUUUCCCUUUAACACCUUUUCAGUCGUUCUAACUCUUCUCAAUUUUGUUGAGGGAAAGUUGACAACAUGUAAAUAUUUUUGAAUUAAAAUCUGAAUAUGUUUUGUACUUUUAGUUGAGCUUGGCUGUAUUAAGAACUGGCUGUUUUAUCUGUACGCAAAAAAACAGGGUAUUUAUCAGAUAUUAGGGGGAAACUUAAACAGCGGUUUUUCAUAACAGGUAAACAUGCAAGAGUUUGUGUGAAAUAUUUUUGAUAAGUGUAGUUUUGUGGUGGUGUUUUGGGCGUUGUUAACUUGCCAUGAAAUGAAUGAAAUUUAUUCCGGCAGCUUCUUAAUUCUCUUUCUCUCUCUUUUGUACAUUGUGUAGAUAAUCAUUGAAAAGAUAUUCUCGUAACAAAUUUCUGCAGAAAAUUUUUGUCAGAGUAGGCUGAAGUUAAAUUUGAAAACUUGGACAAACCUUUGAAAAGUUAAAAGAUUAGGGAAAAAACUUGUAGGAAAUUCUUGAAUCUUUUGAAUAAACUGAAAGUUUUUAAAAUGAAUUCAUUAGGUGGGGAAUAUAUUUGAGAAACAAAAUGGUUACCAUAAAAGAAUGUUUUUUUUUUAGCGUUAAAGGCAGUGGACACUAUUGAUAAUUACUCAAAAUAAUUAUCAUCAUAAAAC